UCUUUAUCGUGACCCGAAAUAGAUGCUUUGCUGUGUUAUCUGACAAGGCAGCUCGAAAAGAGAAGAGAGUGGGAACAUGGCCAUGAAAGUGUGGGACCAGGACUUGAGCAUAACAGCAAAAUCGAACUCAUAUCUGGCAAAUUGCUGUACUGAAUUCUUUUGGAUGGUUUACGUGUUCCUGUGGAGCUACGGAUGAGAAGCUUCUUCAUUUGUUUUUAGGCAAGGUAUCUUUUCGCCUUUAGCCGGGUCAUCAUUGACUGUCCUUCAUUCCAAAACUCUCUCCAGCUCGAGUCUUCCCAAUCCACUGCGUAGCAGAAAUUGAGUUCAACCGAGCCAGAGGGGAAGCCCUUACUCAAGUCUCAGCACGGCAAUGACAGUGGCCCUCCUACGGAACUCUAUUGAGAGUCAGUAAAGUGGGGAGGUACGAACAAUGUUCAAGUCAGGAAGAUGGAGAAGCGACAAGAACAAGAUCAAAGCAGUCUUCAAGUUGCAGUUUCAGGCAACUCAGGUUCCCAAGUCAAAGAAAUCUACCUUAACAAUAUCUCUGGUACCUGACGGUGUCAGCAAGCCGACAGUGAAGCUAGAGAAAGCUGCUGUACAGGAUGGGAUCUGUUCUUGGGAGAAUCCUGUAUAUGAAACAGUGAAGCUCAUCAGAGAGUCAAAAACAGGGAAGGUCAAAGAGAAAAUAUACCACUUCAUUGUUUCAGCGGGAUCAUCAAAGGCAGGAUGUCUUGGAGAAGCUUCAAUUGAUUUUGCAGAUUUUGCAGCAGAAAAUGAACCGUACACUCUCUCUCUGCCACUGAAGUUUGCAAACUCCGGAGCAGUUUUACAUGUGACAAUCCAGAAGGUGGAGGGUUCAGACCAAAGAGAAAUUGAAGAUCCAUUAUCUUCCCAUGAGGGAUCCCUGAAGAACCAACUGAGCAUUCUCAGUGCAGAAGAUGAGGACCAGCAUAAUUAUUUCGAAGAUGCGUACUUAGAUGAAAGCAUGCCACCUCUCGUAUCAUAUCCCGAGCCAAAUGCUGGAAAGCUUGAAACUAAAAAUAGGAGCAUCCCUCAGGAACCUCCUAUUAGACAAAGUUCGAUGCCUCCGAGAAAAACAGCUGGUUCAGGGGCAGCAUCAAACAAUAAACAUAGACGGUCCAUUACAGAGUGGUCUCUAGGUUCAGCUUCCGAUGGAAGCUUAACCGAUUCUUUAAAUAACGCUGAUGAGCAAUUAAGAACAGACAGGCUUCAUAAAGAAUCUUCGGAUGCAACAAUUGAAAAACUCAGGAACGAAAUUGAUAGCUUAACAAGGCAGUCCACACUAUCAGAACUGGAGUUACAAUCUCUGAGGAAACAGAUUGCGAAAGAGACCAAACGGGGGCAAAGUUUAUCUACCCAAAUUUCAAGCCUCGAGGAGGAGAAAGAUGCACUCCAAAUGGAAUGUGAACAACUCAGGUCUCGCCGGAUAGAUACCAAAGAGGCAGAAACUCUUGGCAAACUACAGCUUGAAUACGAGGAGACAAAAGCCCAACUACAAGCAUUAAGACAAGAACUUGAUCGUGAAAAAGACUUGAAUGUUGAUCUCCGGUUGCAGCUGCAUGAAACUCAAGAUUCUAACUCUGAGUUAGUUCUAGCUGUAAGAGAUCUUGAUCAGGCGUCAAAGGAUAAAAAUGCAGAGAUAUCUCAUCUUACUAGCAAGAUCAAAGAGAAUCUUGAAGAGUCUCAGGAAUGCGAUGGAUGGCCAAAACGUCGCAUGAAGCGAAGUGAUGCAAUUGAAGUGGACUUGCUGAAGCGAAAGAUGGAAGACCAGCAUGGUGAGAUAGAUUCGUACAAGAAACAGAAUGAAGAACUGGAGACACGUUUAGAGCAGCUAACCUUGGACUAUGAGAUCUUAAAACAGGAAAAUCACCAUAUAACUACCAAGCUGGAAGAACGGUGUCUACAAGAAGAGAUGAAUGAACAGGUUGAGCGCUCAGAGUCUUCAGCUCAUAUCAGAGAACUUGAGGCACAGAUAGAAAAAUUAGAAUCCGUGGUCAAGAGGCAGGCGCAAGAACUUUCCGAGUCAUUGCUUUCCAUUAAUGCACUGGAAAGCCAAGUUAAACAUUUUGAGAAAGAAAUAGACAAGCAAGCUCAAGGGUUUGAACAAGAUUUAGAAGCCAUGACACAAGCCAAAGUUGAGUUGGAGCACAGGGCAAUACGAGCAGAGGAGGCAUUGAGGAAGACCAGGUGGAAUAACGCCGUUGCUGCUGAAAGACUUCAGGAGGAAUUCAAAAGGCUUUCAGUAGAAAUGACAUCUAAACUUGAUGAGCAUGAGAAGCUGGCAGUUAAAGCAGUGAAUGAAGCCAGUGAACUCCGCCAGCAAAAAGAAAAUUUGGAAGAGAUGCUUCAGAAAGCCAAUGAAGAGUUACGACUGAGAAACGAUCAAUAUGAAGUAAAAGUACAAGAGCUUUGCACUCAACUUGUCCUGAGAGCAACAGAAAUGGAGCAUAUUAAAAUGGAGCUCAACAACAAAUCCAAGCUACUUGAAUAUGUGCAAAAUAAUGACGAACAAAAACACGAGGCUUCCUCGAAGGAGAUGGAAACUCUCAAAUCCGAAAUAGAGAGACUCAGAAAGGAGAAGGAUGACAUCAAAGCAGAAUACCUCACAGCUGAGAGAUCCUUGAAGGAAGAGAAGGGAAAGAUGAUUGCAAGCAUGCAGUCCAAGCUGGAAAACCUCACAGCUCAACAACAAAAUCUAAAGCACAUCUUGCAGAAAGAACAGAAGGAGAAACAGAGUCUGACGAAGCAGCUUCUUGAACUACAAAGAGAAUUAACAAGGAUAGAAGAGCAAAUCACCAAAGGAACUGAUACAUUUGCCAGCAACUGUAUUCAAGCUGCAUCCAUAGAUAGAAACACAACUCCAUGCAAUUACCAAUCGACUGCACUUUGCAUUCCUGAAAUGCUUGCCAGCUUAAGUGAGAUAUUGGUAUCACUUAAGAACCAAAUCAAACUUAAGGACAAGGGAGCAGAAAAACCGGCUUGGCUAAGAGAUGCGGAGAACCUCAGAAACAUCAUUGAAGAACUAUGCAAAAGCAUGGAACAGCUAGAGGAUGUGAAACAUGCUGGUAGAAGCAGUCGAAGCCAUCGGAAGUCAGGGGAAGUUGAUAAAGCACAGCACAUCAAUGGGAACCCCAUCGUCCGAAGUGAAGAUAACUGUGACGUCUUGCGUGCUGAGCUGGCAGUGCUAACCGAAAGGAACAAAUCAAUGGAGCAAGAAUUAAAGGAUAUGGAAGAAAGGUACUCGGAGAUAAGUCUCCGAUUUGCUGAGGUAGAAGGGGAAAGGCAACAACUUGUGAUGACCGUCCGCAACCUCAAAAAUAGUAGGAAACAAUAGAGCAAGAAUGUCAAAAAUUGAGGAAGAACAAUGCAGGUAGACAGCAGAGCCCGCGUGAAGCUGUCGACACUGAGUGAGAAAAACACGAAGUCGGGUCAGGAAUCGAAUCCUACACAACGGUCAGAUAUUCUUACGAGAAAAGGAUCUCUUGCUCUUCUCGUCUCAGAUCACUGGCAUAUCAAGAAGCAGCAGAUGCAGUUGAUCUAUGCAGGCGAUUGAUUGUACAUUACAUUCAUGAUUGCGGCAAUUCUAAUACCUGGGGCAAUGUUCGCCUACGAUAAUGCUGUCUUCUUUAACGGGUACUUCCUUUCAGAGAGUUCCAGCAUGGUGUGAUACCUAGAGUCAUUACUGCUCAAAGCAUUGCGAAAGAGAAGAAAUAUAACAAUUAGGAUGUAA